UGAGCAGCAGCGGCGGCACAGAGCAGAGGGAGCAGAGGUGGGAGCCAGACUGGAGCUCUGCAGCUGGCACCGCGACGACCAAAUGACAGAGCUUGAUGCCGAAGCCAAAGAGAAAAAGAAGUGGAAGAUAACACUGACGCAAACAUGGAAGGGGCUCUGAUAGCCCGGGACAGAGUUGGAGUGCAGGACUUUGUUCUCCUGGACUCCCAUACCAGUGAGACUGCUUUCCUGAACAAUCUUCGCAAGAGAUACCAAGAGAACCUCAUCUAUACGUAUAUUGGUACUCUUCUUGUAUCUGUCAACCCUUACAAAGAGCUGGAUAUCUACACAGUGACACAGAUGCAGCUUUAUCGAGGGGUAAACUUUUUUGAACUGCCACCACAUCUAUAUGCCAUAGCUGACAAUGCCUACCGGGUGAUGUGCAGUGAGUACAACAACCAUUUCAUCCUCAUCUCUGGGGAGAGCGGAGCUGGGAAGACAGAAGCAUCCAAGAAGAUCUUGCAGUAUUAUGCAGUAACCUGUCCAACUACAGAGCAGCUGCAGAUUGUCCGUGAUCGUCUGCUACUUUCCAAUCCUGUUCUGGAGGCUUUUGGAAAUGCAAAAACUCUGCGUAAUGACAACUCUAGUAGAUUUGGGAAAUACAUGGAUAUCCAAUUUGAUUUUAAGGGAGAGCCAGUGGGAGGGCACAUCCUCAGUUACCUCAUUGAGAAAUCCAGAGUUGUCCACCAAAACCAUGGAGAAAGGAAUUUCCAUAUUUUCUACCAGUUAUUAGAGGGUGGAGACAAGGAUCUUCUUUGCUGGCUUGGGCUGGAGCGCAACCCCCAAAAGUAUGCAUAUCUCAUCCAGGGUCGAUGUGCCAAAGUGUUUUCUAUUAAUGACAAGAAUGACUGGAAAAUAGUCCGCAAAGCUUUUUCUAUCAUCGACUUUACUGAAAAAGAUGUAGAGCAUCUCUUUGGAAUUGUCGCUAGUGUCCUGCACCUUGGGAAUAUUCAGUUUGAAGAAGAUAGCAAUGGACAUGCCAUCAUUUGUGAUGGCACACAGAUCAAAUGGAUUUCGAAGCUACUGGGUGUGCACUUGUCCAUUCUGCAGGAAGCUCUCACCCAUCGGAAGAUUGAAGCCAGAUCUGAAGAGGUCCUAAGCCCAUUGAAUGUGGAUCUGGCAUUCUACGCUCGAGAUGCAGUAGCAAAGGCAAUUUAUGGACGAACUUUCACUUGGCUAGUCAACAAAAUUAACGGCUCUUUAGCCAACAAGGAUUCAACUCGGAAGACAGUUAUUGGCCUGCUGGAUAUCUAUGGCUUUGAAGUGCUGGACACAAACAGCUUUGAGCAGUUCUGCAUUAAUUACUGCAAUGAGAAGCUCCAGCAGCUGUUGAUUGAGAUGACCUUGAAAGCAGAGCAGGAGGAAUAUGAACUGGAAGGAAUAGAGUGGGAACCAAUUCCGUAUUUUAACAACAAGAUCAUCUGCGACCUGGUUGAACAGAAGCAUAAAGGAAUAAUCUCCAUUUUGGACGAAGAAUGCUUACGACCUGGUGAAGCAACUGAUUUGAGCUUCUUGGAAAAGCUGGAAGAGAAAGUAGGAGAUCAUGCCCACUUCGUGACUCGCAAGCUUGCAGACCAGAAAACACGGAAAUCCAUUGACUGGGUAGAUUUCCGCCUCCUUCACUACGCAGGAGAAGUCACUUACUGUGCUGUUGGAUUUCUGGAGAAGAAUAAUGAUCUCCUGUACAGAAACCUGAAAGAGGUGCUGUGCAACUCUAAAAAUGGCAUCAUUAGAGACUGCUUUUUAUUGUCAGAGCUAGACAACAGGAGGAGACCAGAGACUGUUGCAACCCAGUUCAAAAACAGUCUGACGAGCCUUAUAGAAAUCCUGAUGUCCAAGGAGCCUUCUUAUGUCCGAUGCAUUAAACCAAAUGAGAACAAGGAGCCUGGGAAGUUUGAUGAUUAUCUGAUCCGACAUCAGGUGAAAUACCUGGGCCUGAUGGAGCACUUGCGGGUGAGACGAGCUGGCUUCGCCUAUCGGCGGAAGUAUGAACUCUUCUUGCAAAGGUAUAAAUCCCUCUGUCCAGCUACCUGGCCCCAUUGGCAUGGGCCAGCAGCUGAGGGUGUGGAGAGGCUCAUCAAGCAUAUUGGUUACAAGCCUGAGGAAUACAAAUUAGGAAGAACCAAAAUAUUCAUUCGGUUCCCAAAGACUCUGUUUGCUACUGAAGAUGCAUUUGAAUUCAGAAAGCACCUGUUAGUUUCAAGACUACAGGCCAAAUAUAAAGGAUGCCUUGGAAAGAGAGAGUACAAGAAGAAGAGAGAAGCAGCUAUCAAGCUGGAGGCUUGUUGGCGAGGAGCACUGGCACGGAAGGAGGCCAAGAAGAGGACGUGGGCAGUUCAGAUAAUCAGGAAAUUCAUAAAUGGCUUCAUCAAUCGGAAGAAACCCCUUUGCCCAGAGAACAUGGAAUUUGUGCAGCUUGUGCAGUACAACUACUUGAUGAAGCUCAGAGACCACGUUCCAAAAAACGUCUUGGACAAGAACUGGCUCCAACCUCCUUCCAUCCUGGAAGAGACAUCUGAGAUGCUACAGAAAAUCUGUAUUAGGAGCCUAGUAAGGAAAUACUGCCAAGGUGUUACUGCUGAGAGGAAAGUGCAGUUACAGCAAAAAGUGGUAGCGAGUGCCAUUUUCAGAGGGAAGAAGGAGGGCUACCUGCAGAGCAUAAACCAGCCUUUCAUGGACACCCGACUAAAAGAGAAUGAUGUAAACCCCAAAGUACUGCAGCUCAUCCAUGGGGAGAAGAUCAAGUACGUGACCCCCGUGAUAAAAUAUGAUAGGAACGGGUUCAAAGCACGAGACCGACUACUUGUUCUGACCCAGUCCUCUGCGUAUGUGGUGGAAAUGGCCAAGAUCAAGCAGAAAAUAGACUACGCCACUCUGAAAGGUAUUUCCACCAGUAACCUGAGCGAUGGGAUUGUAGUCAUUCAUGUGCCCGAGGACAACAAACAGAAGGGAGAUGUGAUACUUCAGUGUGAGCAUAUCUUUGAGACAGUCACUAAACUCUGCAUGUUGGCCAAUAAGCAAAACCUUGUUAAAGUCGUGCAGGGAAGUCUUCAGUUUUGCAUUGGCUCUGGGAAGGAAGGGACAAUGAUGUUUACGGUUGGGCAGGAACCUCAGGUCUUCAAAGCCAAAAAUGGACAACUAACAGUGGUAUCAACCCAGGCAAAGUCUUGAUGAGAAACAGUUCCUGUUCCUGGUCACUGUCUUGGCUAGGAACAGAAAGGAGCCUGCAGGAUGAGACCAGCACUCGUGUGUCCCCUGGAAUCUUUGAUCCCAUAGGGCUGCUAUGCGAUUUCAAAGUUUGCUUGCAUCUUUUAGGCUCUUUUUUAUAGAUUAAAACUAUUCAACUAUGGCUAAAUAAAUUCUGUUAUGUUGCUGUAACAUUCCAGUGAGCACAGAUGCUCAUUACAUAGUCACAGGGAAAUGUUUAAACCGGAAGUUGUAGCUCCACAUGUAAAAUGUCUGUGUCUGUGCUGACUCAGUAAGAGCUGAGAGCUCUGACCAGUUGGGAAGGAUUAAAAUAGAAGAAAAAAGGCUUCUCUAGCUGUACUUUGAGUCACAACUCACCAAGAGAACUGCAUCAAGUGCAGAUCAAUGAAGUUAACUAUGGUCUGAAAACACCUUUUCUAUUGGGCAGACUGGCAAAGCCUUUAAAACCAGCAGCUAGUCCUUUGGCAUGUGGAGAGAUGGUUAAAUGUAGCAGUAGGGGUGGUGCUGAUACUUUUGUUGGCCUAUCAGCAUAUGAAGCUGCUCAUCUGGAAAUAUCAGUAAACUGCUUUCUUGUCUACUCUGACAUGGGGGAAGAUCUUUACUUUUAGAGUAAUGCUGUCCUGGUUCUCCCUGGGCAGCAGCUAUGCAUGGUGCAGUGGAAGCAAAACCAUAAAAGAUGACCAAAAUGCCCCCUCUUAAAAAGGGAUGUGCUAGCUUGGUGCAAUCCAGUUCAGAAGAAACCAGUCUCCUGCUGCUGAAGAACCUUCAUCUCUACCCACAGAGCUGAGAUUCUGCUCACUCCAGAGUGUGGUAGGUGCUGCUGUUCCCUUGAGGAGUACUGGGGCAGCUACAAGGGAAGGGAGUGGAAGAUGGGAAUUCUCUGCUGCCUCCUGCCUGGAAGCUGCAGCUGUACAGCCACUCUCUGUGUUCAUAGUGCUUACUCUGCUGCCUCAUGUUGAGGCAAACUUGCAUAGCUCUAGCUCCAGCUUGCUUUGGCUAGGUUGCAACUACAGCCUGAAGAUCCUCAACUUGCUGCCUUUAAGUCUGGGGGUCUGCAGAGUCCUUACAGCCAGAUCGCUGGUGUCUGCCAUGAACAGCACCAGGAAGUAAAACUAACAGUUGGGGGGAGGAUGAUGCCUAGUAUUUCUUCCUGAAAGUUCCUUCCAGCUCCAUGGAUCAUAAGGACAGCAUGCUUCAAACAAGUAAUAAAGUGACUUGCAU